AUGCCCAGGCUGACACAAUUCUUUAUUGCUGCUGAUGUUGUUGUUGUUGCUGCAGUUGUUGUUGUUGUUGUUGUUGUUCUUCUUCUUCUUCUUCUUCUUCUUCUUCUUCUUCUAUCCCAACAAAUUAAAUCUAAAUUUCAAUCUCCGUAUCUAUCUAUCUAUCUAUCUGUCUGUUACAUUCAUCUCUUUUGCAUUUACUUCAUAUGUAACCUUAUUCAUAUCAAUUUAUCUAUCACGGGCAUCUUUAACUUCUCUCUCUCUCUCUCUCUGUUCAUACUCCUACCACAGUGCUUCUUCUCAAAUUCUCUCUCUCUAAUUUCACCUCAAGUUUUUUUUCCGUUUCUUUGCUGCUUCUUCCUUCUUUCUAAGAUAAAAUUCGUCGAUGCUGUCCGCCCGGCCAGAGCGACCAAGACGUCAGGACACUUAACGACAAUAUCAUUGAUAGGAAAAACAAAAAGGGCGUCGAGCAGUCUCCGGCAAAUGCGGCGUAAAUGUGGCGAUCCAAUCACAUUCUCGUUGGCAAUCAUCUUUUCUUAUCUUCUCUUUGUGAAGAGCUCUUCAUUAAGUAGCUCAACUUUACUAAUACGGGGAACUGGAUGCAAGAAGCUAGAAGAUUGCUGGUGUCAUGCUGACUGA